GCGGCCAGGUUCUGCAGCGCUGGUGGCGCGCGCCGGGCGCCGCCCGGCGGCUGCCGGCCGAAGGCCCAGUGCCGUCGAAGGCGGGCGCCCGCGAGGGGCUGCCGCAGGCCCGGGAGCUGGUGCACAUCGCGCCGCCGCCUUGCCAGGCCCCGCGCGCCGAGGCCAAGGUCGGCCACGCCCCAGCGGGCGCCGGCGAGACCCCGCACGGGCUCCCGGGCCUGGCGGCGGGCCUGGCGGUGGCCGUGGCCCCCCUCGUGAAGCACUGGGGGCUCGGCGACUUGCUCCUGCCGGCGGCACUGCCGGAGGACCCCGAGCUCCAGGACCUGAAGGGGCAGAAGGCCCGCGCCGGCGGCGCCGCCGCCGGCGAGCUGCUGGAGCGCCUGCGCGGCGGCCUCGAGGCCCUCGGCGGCUGCGCGGCCUGCGCGGUCUCCGACCGCGCGCCGGCACGCCCAGGGGCCGCCCGGCAG